AGAGGCUGUGCCGGCGGCACCGCGGGCAUUGCCGGGAGCGAGCCCGGCCCCCACUGAAAUUCCGGCGUCUUGAGAGAGGGGAGGAAGAUCCUCGUCUUCCGAAGCCUCCUCAAUGAGUGCCAAGCUCUCCAAGGAGUUGAGGCUGUCGCUGCCGCCUUGUCUCCUGAACAGGACGUCUGCCACCUCGAACGCCAGCAGCACCUGCAUCACGCAAGUGGGUCAGCUCUUUCAGUCCUUCUCCUCCACCCUCGUUCUCAUCGUCCUCGUCACCCUCAUCUUCUGCCUCAUCCUCCUCUCCCUCACCACCUUCCACAUCCACAAGAGGAAGAUGAAGAAGCGGAAGAUGCAGAAGGCACAGGAGGAGUAUGAGCGGGACCACUGCGCCCGCAGCAGCAGUGGCAGCCGGCACCCCGCACCGGGAGAGACCCCCCCGGAGAGAGACAGCCGCCUGGGAAGACCCCCCCGGGACUCGGAGAUCCAGCGGGCCCCCCCCAUGGCAGCCCCCAGCUCCCAGCCGGCACAGGCAGCUUUGGACACAGCUGGCGUGGGGCUCUUGCAGACGGUGAUUUUGUCAUGAUGGUUUAGGGGAACCCGGGAGAAGGCACCUUUGUAAAUACCGGAGUGAUUAUUCUAGUCCUCAAAGAAGAAGAAAACAUUGCUAAUUCUAAUGAACGAACAAGCCCAUGAUCCAAGCGCAUGACAGAUCACAUCGCGUUUCUCAUUGACUGUGCAAGGAAAGGAUGCGUCUUUGUGCUGGAGAAGGACCUGCACGCAGCGACCAUAUACCUAGCCUGGAGGAGAGAGUCAGGGGCAGGGAUCCCUUUUCCCUACACAUUGUUACCUCCAGGGCUGGGGUGAUCCCACUACUGGAUCCCCCCCUGCCCCCGUUGUCACACUGCAUGGCGUGGCUGGGGUGUGGAAUGGGGGGAGUGGCAGGUCUGGUGGGUGCCUUGGGACCCCGCCUGUCUUCUUGGGGCAGCUCUCUGUUGUGCUUGGAUCUGUGCCCCUGGCCCACCCUUCUUGUUUCUCUCCAGGACUGGAUCUUGUUUUGUGUAACACCCACCCCCAACUGGGUUUAGGUGAACUGCAGUGCCCUGCGGCCCCAUACUCCAGCUGCAACUUUCCUCUCCCCCCCCAGCAUCCAUCAUCUCUAAAUGCCCUCCCCAUGACACAACCCCCAAAACCACUGCCAUUCUGCGUGGUGGCAUGAGGUGAUACACCUCAGGGGGAAGAUGGCCUUGUUCCUCCUGGGGGUCCCAAAACAAACCCUGUUCUGCACCAGGCAUCCUGCUCCAACCCCGCUGCAGUUAAAGCUUCACCUCCCAGCAAGGAAUCCUGCAGCAGAACGGGGCUAGCUUCUACUUUUUUAGGCUGAUACAUAUUUUUACCCCUUAUAAUCUAGCAAGCAGUUAAGGACAGACAACACUUCAAAUUUCUUGCCUCUCCUCUUUUGAGGAACUAACCAGACAGUUGUGCAAAAUAUCAGCUCUUAAUGCCCAGCAGGUAUUUAUUUUGGAAGUAUGGUUUCUCCCUAGCAAACAGCAGUGGCUUUUGUCAGUGGUGGGCAGGUGCGGUGCUGCUAGUGCUGUGUGUGCUGGAGGAGCGUGGGGCAGCGUCCGGUGCAGCUUUGCUUAGCGAUUAAAUCAAAGCCCAUUCCUUGAAGGUGCCUUAACAGAGUGCCGUAUCCGAACUUUGAAACAUCUUGUGUGGUAUCAUAGCAGAGGCAGAUCUCUGCUGUGCAUGUUAACAUCUAAAGAAUACAGCAAAGGAAAAGUAAUCCCGAGGGAUUUUCUAAUUUUUUUUUUCCCCCCGUAUCCUGGCAUUCAGAGUGAUGAGUGAUGUGAUGAGGUAGCUGUAGCCCACAGGUUGUAACAUUCUGCUGUUCUCUGCCCCCUGGUGUGGCUGCUGGGUUGGAGAGCCCUUGUGCUGACAGCACAAAGGUGAAAAGAGGAAAGGGUGCCACAGCACUCUAGUCCAUGGACAGCACCAAUAUGCAGGGGUUUCAAGGCAGUGCUUCUCUUAACCCUGUCUUACCCCUUUGUGAUCUUGCCUGGUGGGAAAUUCCUGUUGGGUUUCAAUGCGUGCCUCCAGCAUCCAGCUCCAGGAGCUGUUCUACCAGCUGAGGUUGGUGCAGAAAUGAACAUGGUGUUGGUAGUGUGGUGUGGUGAGGUGGGAGUGAUGGCCGAUGCUUCCUGGUGUGACCAGAUGCUAACGGCUACUGCUGUGUUGUUGGGCAAGGAAAUGGGCUUUGUUUUGUUUCCCCUAAUAAAGGAUGCAUGAACUUUUGUGUUUAACCUCCUUAUGCAACCGCAACACAGUAUUGCACCGUAGGGAAUAGAUUUAGGACAGUGAGAAGUGUUCAGUGAACAGUAACGGAGCUUCUUGAUCGUGAUCUCCACUAAAUAGAGAUAUUAUUUUCCCCUUUAUUUUGUGCCUUUUCUUAAAAAUCAGUAUAUAAUUUUGAGUUUUAUAAAAGCAAUAAGAUGUUCCAAAUCACUCCAGUGCAUUUCUGGUUGAUGGUUUCACUUCUUUAGCGUCUCUAGUCAGACACUUUUCCUUCUGCCUUAUGCACUCAAGGCAUGCAAUAAUUCCCCAGAAGUGUACUGCUUGUCACAUCUCAUUGCAGUUAUAAAAUUGCCCUAUUUUUGAGGAAAAAAAA